AUGUUGGAUCUCCAACCGUCCGCUCCUGUACCUCCGCACCUGUACCGAGCAAGGAGGCUCUGCCCCUCCCUCUUCCUGGAGCGUGACCCUCCCCACCUUCCUCCCUGCCCGCCCGAGGCCUGUGGCGAGACUGGGGUCCGUUGGGGCAGGAACCAUGGAGGAACUGUCUUCCAAACUCCUGUCUGCUCCCACCGAUUCCCAUGUCCCACCGAAUCCCCCAUUCAGACAGGCCUGGUCCAGGAUGCCCAGCCCAGCCUGCCCUCCCCGCCUGCCCCAGUUCCUUUCUCCCUGCCACCCUUGGCUUCUCUCGUAUGUGACCCACAGGCGGGGGUCAGACCUUCGGAGCACCGCCGUAGCUCCGGCAGGUCGUUACACAGUGAUGUUAGCAAUCUGUGGAGCACAGCCACGCUGUCACAAGCACAAGUGGACGUGCCCCUGGAUGAUGUCUGCGAGAACUUCGACGACGACGGCAGAGAGGUAGGCAAGCUUCACUCACGGACCAUGUCUCUGAAAGAAAGAUUCAGCCUCAAGCUAGAAGACCUGACAUCCUUGGGGCAGGACGGGAGCCACGACAGCCAUGCAAACCAAGCCCUCAAGAUGGAGUUCGAUAAGUUGAACUCAGAGUCAUCCACCAGCAUCUCCGAGCACACACCUCAUCGAGCCUAUUGGGAAGAGCAGCAGAACAGGCUGCCCCUGCCUCUGAUGGAAGUCAUGGAGAAUGAAGCUCUAGAAAUCCUCACCAAAGCCCUCAAUAGUUACAAGUCCAAGGUCGGCAGGACCCACUUCAUGACUAAAGAGCUGCAGCGAUACAUCGAUGGGCUCAGAAAGCGCCGGAACCAGAGGCUGUACUGUAUAGUUUAGAGAACCUCCCACCCACGCAGCCGCCCCAACUCUAUCC